AUGCUGUGUCAAGGUGGAUGUGCGUGGAGUUGGCGCACGUGGCCACAAACACAAACUGUUUACCAGGCGCGAAUAUCCCAAGAACGUCGAGCCACCAUUCGCCUUUUCGCGCCAGACUGGGCCCUACCUCGGCGGGGAAGCGGGGGAACUGGACUGCAGGUUUCCGCGUCCAUUCCGUCGACACAACACGACGAGCAGGACGAUGCUGCGCCACACGAGGAAGAGGAGGAGGAGGAGGAGGAGGAGGAGGAGGAACAUCUUACUACAGAAGCCACCAUACUGAAUGAUGGAUUCCAUCGUACGCGGUGUACAGAAAAAUUAACAUCGUCAUAG